GAAACUACCAAUGAACUUGGGGAAGGAGUAAAGAUUCGAACUUUCUCCUCUUUCUAGCAAGUAAAGCACGAUAAUGGAUCCAACAGAGGAGGAGGUGGAGAAGAAGGUGAGAGAGAGAAUCAGAAACAAAGUCAACCAAGUCAGUUCCGUGUCACAGUCUCUUCUCUCUCCAUUACAAGACCACAUCAACUUCACUCUUCAGAAAGCUUACUUCAAAUGUGCGUACGAGUGCUUUGAUAGGACGAGAACACACGCUGAGAUUAGCCAAUGCGCAGAGACUUGCAGUGUUCCUAUUACUAAUGCGCAGAAUCAUUUUGAGAAUGAGAUGUCUGUGUUCCAAGAGAGGUUGAAUAGGUCUCUUGUGGUUUGUCAAGAUAAGUUUGAGGCUGCGAAGCUGCAGAAGAAGAGGAAUGAAGCAGUAGUUGGUUUGGAGCAGUGCGUGAACCAGACUGUUGAUGAUGCCGUGAAGACGUUGCCUGGUCUCGUGUCAAAGAUGAAGAAGGCUUUUUCAAUAUCAGACUGAGGAGCUCUGCAACAAUCUAAUCCAAGAGAGAUAGCUUUCUGGUUCUGUUAUUUUCAUAUAUUGUUGAUCUUUUUGAAAUCAGUUCAGCAUCAUUAGGGAUAGAGACUUUAGUUUAAGGCUGAGUGACUUUGGGAGGAUCAGACUAAUCCAGAAAGAUCAGCACAUGUAAGAGAAUGACAUCAUUUAGAGUUUUAAUUGCCUUACAUAGAGAGACCUAGGCCUGGGCGUUCGGUAUUGGUCCGGGUGAUUCGGAUUUUCGAUGUUAAGCUCAGAAGUCCCAUUCGGAUUUUACUAAUUAUCAGGUCAGAUUCAGUUGGA